AUGUACCAGGGAUACUGGUCUCUGUUCUUGAUCUUUAUCGCCUCCCACUGCAUAGGGUCCGUCAAAGGGCUCUUUCUUUUUGGCCAGCCCGAGUUCUCAUACAAGAGGUCCAACUGCAAACCUAUCCCCGCCUCCCUGUUGUUGUGCCGCGGUAUCGAGUACCCAAACAUGAGGCUGCCCAAUCUGCUGGGGCAUGAAACUAUCCAGGAGGUUCUGGAGCAGGCUGGAGCCUGGAUCCCUCUAGUUCAGAAGCAGUGCCACCCGGACACCAGAAAGUUCCUGUGCUCGCUCUUUGCACCCGUCUGCAUUGAUGACCUGGAUGAGACCAUUCAGCCUUGCCAUUCGCUCUGUGAGCAGGUGAAGGACAGUUGCGCCCCAGUUAUGUCUGCCUUCGGCUUCCCCUGGCCUGAUAUGCUGGAUUGCAGCCGCUUCCCCCAGGACAACGACCUAUGCAUCCCCCCGGCUAGCAGCGACCACGUCCUCCCUACCCCCAGAGAAGCACCAAAGGUCUGUGAUGCCUGCAAAAACAAGAACGAAGAUGACAACGACAUCGUGGAAAACCUUUGCAAAAAUGACUUUGCCCUGAAGAUAAAAGUGAAGGAGAUCACAUACAUCAAUGGGGACACCAAGAUCACCCCUGAAACAAAGAGCAAAACCAUCUACAAGCUGAAUGGGGUGACGGAAAGGGAUCUGAGGAAGACAGUGCUCUGGCUCAAAGGUGGCCUGCAGUGUACCUGUGAUGAGAUGAAUGACAUAAAUGCACCCUAUUUAGUGAUGGGACAAAGGCAGGCCGGGGAGCUGGUGAUCACCUCCGUGAAGCGGUGGCAGAAAGGACAGCGGGCGUUCAAACGAUUCUCCCGCAGCAUCCGCAAACUGCAAUGCUAA